AUGUUGGACAUAUGUUUUUAUUUCAAUCCUAAAUUCUCCGAUUUUUUGUUAGUGAAUGUUGCAAAUGAUAUAAAUGGCGAGAUAACAAGAUUACGCAAUCACACAUCUGGUCUAUUCCUGAAUUCCAAAAUUGUCAUAAUUGGUUAUUCUAUGGGUUCCGUUAUAGGCGAUGAGUUGAUAAGAGGAAACACAGAUCGUAUGACAAAUCUUAAUCCUUCUGAACGUCCAAAAUUGGAACAUAAGGUGGAUUAUUUUUUCGCAGUAGGGAGUCCAUUAUCAUGUGCUUUGGUCUAUCAAACGCCUAGGUUUAUAAACACUGGUUUGAAGUUUCCGGAUGGUGUGCGUUAUUUGAAUGUGUUUCAUCCCUACGAUCCUAUAGCGUGUCGUUGGGAGAGGCUAAUAUACAGAGACAUAAAAAAGAUUCCAGAUCCUGUUGUAUUACCAUUUUGGCAAAAUAAUGGGUUUAAAAAUUGGUAUGAUUGGGACAAGAGAAUGCAGCAUGCAAAAUCUGUAAUAGUAGACAAUAUAACUGAUGUGGCUGCAUCUAUAAGUAAAAGUAUCUUUGGGUGGUGGGGACGUAGUGAAAAUGAUAGUGUAUUAAAUAAGAAUAUAACCUCUAGUGAUAAUCGUAGAAGGGCAUUUGAAAGCUUCAGGACCAGACUAAAGGAUCAAAAUACUUUAGAUAUACUAGAAGCCUUUGAUGAUCCUAGAAACCCUAUUACCGAUGGGAUUAUAACUGAAAAAAAAGAGGAUUAUUCUAGAACAAAUGACACUGAUAGUGUGUUUUUUCUACAAUCUGAAGAGGAUAUUUUUAGUGAUAUAGAAGAGAUUAAAGCUUCAGAAAAAGCACUGGACCAGUUAAAUAAGUCAAAUCAAUCGUUGCCAGUAAGAUACGAUUUUCAGCUACAGGAAGAUGCAACGGAACACUAUUUAAAUCCACUUGCAAUUCUACAAUCGCAUAUUAGCUAUUGGGGCUCAAAAGACGUUGCGUUAUUUAUAUUAAAGACAGUACACGGAAGUCACGAGAGUAUAUCCAUAACAGCUUUACUAUCUGCAAUAGAAACAAAAGCCAAAAAACUAUCUUUUGUGGCCGUGAAUAAGACCUUGAAGCAACAAUUUUUGGCCAUAGCAGAAGAUGCUAAAAGGGCUUUCGAAAAGGUUUCAAAGGAGGAUUUAACGCUCAAAACCGAGAAUGUGGCAACUCUGAAAACCGCUUGGAACGCCAUUACAAAGACCAAUGACGUUGACGUUUAUCCAAAUGAACUUUUAACAUGUGAUAUUAUUGAAACUGAUGAUAGUUUCUCUGCACAAUGA